AUGGAUACACAGUUGGUCUUCGACCUUUUAGGGGAAAAUGUCUGGUUGUGCGUCAGUGCUACCUUUGUGGUGUUGUGGAUUAUCGUGUGGCUGUACAGAGACAGCCUGGAGAUUGAGAACAUGAAUGAAAAGUAUGUCUUUGUGACCGGCUGUGACACUGGGUUUGGAAACUUGCUGUGUAAGAAGCUCGAUCGUAAAGGUUUCCGCGUGCUGGCCGGCUGUCUAACAGAAAAGGGAGCCGAUGACCUGAAAAGGGCGACGGGGCCUUAUUUGAAGACUGUCCUGCUGGAUGUGACCAAUCAGGACAGCAUCCAGAAAGCCAUGGAGUGGACCAAGAAGGAGGUUGGCGAUAAGGGACUUUGGGGUAUAGUGAACAAUGCUGGACGCUCACUACCCAUGGGCCCUUCAGAGUGGAUGAAGGUGGAGGAUUUCCACAGCACACUGAAAGUCAACAUGAAUGGGGUGAUUGGCAUGACGAUGACCUUCCUGCCCCUCAUCAAAAAGGCUCGUGGUCGUAUUGUAAAUGUAGCAUCGGUGCUGGGCAGGGUGGCUGCAAACGGAGGUGGAUACUGCAUCUCCAAGUUUGCAGUGGAGUCUUUCUCUGACUGCCUCAGGAGAGAUAUAAGCUACUUUGGAAUCAAUGUGUGCAUCAUUGAGCCAGGGUUUUUCAAGACUGCAGUGACAAGCCUCGACCCCCUCGAGAGGGAGCUGCAUCGACUGUGGAACCAGCUCAGCCCCGAAGUACAAGCCAGCUAUGGAGACAAGUACCUUGAUAAGUACAUCAAGAUCCAACGUUUGAUCAUGAAUGCUAUCUGCGACUCUGACCUCACCAAGGUGACCAACUGCAUGGAGCACGCUCUGACUGCUGCCUACCCACGCACCAGAUACAGUGCCGGCUGGGAUGCCAAGUUUCUCUGGAUCCCUCUCUCUUACAUGCCUUCCUGUGUAGUUGAUAUUGGGCUGAAGCUGGUGCUGCCUCGUCCUUCAAAGAGCGUGUAA